CGCCCCGCGCCUCCUGCGUCGCGCUCUGGGCCGGCACCUCCGCGCUGGGACCCAGGGCGCCCAGCCAGCUGCCGCCGCCGCCGCCGCAAUGUGGGUGGUCCUGCCGCUGCUCUGCGCCGGGGCUUGGCUCCUGGGACCCGCUGCCUGCGGCGCCGCCGCUCUGUCCGGGAGCAACUUAGAGAAGUUUCACUUUAAGUCAUGGAUGUUGCAGCACCAGAAGAAGUACAGCUCGGAGGAGUACCUCCAGAGGCAGCAGACGUUUUUCAGCAACUGGAGGAAGAUAAAUGCCCACAAUGCUGGGAACCACACUUUUAAAAUGGCACUGAACCAAUUUUCAGACAUGACCUUUGCUGAAAUAAAACAAAAAUAUCUUUGGUCUGAGCCUCAGAAUUGCUCAGCCACCAAAAGUAACUACCUUCGGGGUUCUGGUCCCUACCCACCCCUUGUGGAUUGGCGGAAAAAAGGAAAUUACAUCACACCAGUGAAAAAUCAGGGUGCCUGCGGCAGUUGUUGGACUUUCUCCACCACAGGGGCCCUGGAGGCUGCGGUGGCCAUAGCCACUGGGAAGCUGCGCCCUCUGGCAGAACAGCAGCUGGUGGACUGCGCUGCAGACUUCAACAAUCACGGCUGCAAAGGGGGUCUCCCCAGCCAGGCCUUUGAGUACAUCCUCUACAACAAGGGCAUCAUGGGUGAAGACACCUACCCCUACAAGGCCCGGGAUGGAACCUGCAAGUUUCAGUCCAAAAAGGCCAUUGCUUUUGUCAAGGAUGUAGCCAACAUCACAAUUAAUGAUGAGGAGGCCAUGGUGGAGGCUGUGGCCCUGUACAACCCCGUGAGCUUUGCCUUCGAGGUGACCGAUGACUUUAUAAGUUACCGCAAGGGCAUCUACUCCAGUAAUUCCUGUCAUAAAACUCCAGAUAAAGUAAACCACGCAGUCCUGGCUGUUGGGUAUGGAGAAGAAAAUGGGAUACCCUACUGGAUCGUGAAAAACUCUUGGGGUCCCUACUGGGGAAUGAACGGGUACUUCCUCAUCGAGCGAGGGAAGAACAUGUGUGGCCUGGCGGCCUGCGCCUCCUACCCCGUCCCCCUGGUGUGAGCCGGGGCGGCAGGGACUGGUUGGCAGAGACAGGGAGGAACGGGCAGCCCAGGCCACUCCGUGGAAGCCCUGCCCUGGCCGGAGUGGUGGGGAGAUCCCCCCAGAGGCCCUGCCACGGCCCAUCCUCGCCCCAGUGCCACACCCGGAAGCCUAGAGAAAACCAGGAAGAAGAAACCCACCGCGCAACACGCUCACCCACAUCUGUUGGCACAGAGACGACCCCCAGCACGUGCCGUGGGCACGGUUUUUACCUGAUUGAAAGCACGGGGGCCGAGUGUGUUCUUUCUAUUCACACCUGGAGAGCACUUGUCUGUGUUCUUUAUCCAAUAAACAUUCUGUGAGCGCCUCCCUGGGCCAGGCCUGAGCUGCGUGCUGGGACCAGCCGUGACUCAGACACAGAGGGGUGGCCCGGGUCUCUGCUGGGAUGGUGGUGUGGGUGCUGGUGCACUGCCUGCCAGGGGUACCCAGGAGGAGGGGCAGGGUGACUAUGACAUCCUGAACAUUUGUCCCAGACCCGAGUGAGGAGGUGGGGAGGAGAAGAGGAGAUGUGCCAGGCUCUGGCAGGACCAGGAUUCAAACCCACAACCUCGGUCCCCAAAGCCCGUAUCUCUCCAAGAGGUCUCAGCUUCCUGCCUCUACGCGGACUCAGCCCUCUGCCUGGCACUGCAUCCCUCCACCUCCAGCCUACCCCUUUCUCUCCCAGCCCCAUGCUUUGAACACACCCGGAUGCUUCUGUCAUUCCCACACCGUCUCAUCCCUUUUGAGAAAUUUCGGAUUCCCUUUCCGGGGCUGUUCCUCUCUGAGGUUCCUGAGGUCUGGGGCUGUGUCUGGGGGAUGAGUUGCAGCUCUGAUCUUUGUCCUACUGUUCACAGACUUCCUUAAUUUUAAAAAAAUCAACCAAAAAAAAAAAACAAAAAAAAACCUUUUUAUGU